GAUAAGAGAAAAAGAAAAUAAAAAAGAAAAAAGGAAAAAGGAAGAGAGAGAAAAAGAGAAAAAUAGAGAGAGAGAGUAGAGAAAUGCGGGAGCAGGAAUCGGGUGUUGCCAAUUUCGGCCUUCCCGAGGAGGUGCUGCAGGUGCUACCGUCGGAUCCAUUCGAGCAGCUCGAUGUGGCUCGGAAGAUCACCUCCAUUGCUCUCUCGACGCGUGUUUCCGCUCUCGAAUCCGAAUCCUCCGCUCUCCAUGCCCAGAUUUCCGAGAAGGACGCGCUCAUCGCCGACCUGCAAUCUCAGAUCGACUCCCUCGACGCCGCCCUCUCCGAGAAAGCCGACGAACUCGCCCGCGUCGACAGGGCAAAGGAGACGCUGUUGGAAGAGAACGCGUCGCUUUCUAAUACCGUGAAGAAACUCAAUAGAGAUGUCUCCAAGUUGGAGGUCUUCAGAAAGACGCUUAUGCAGUCCCUACGCGAAGACGAGAACUCCACAGGAGGUUCAGAGGCUGUUGCUCAAAUACAGAGUCAGGAAAGUUUGCCUUCUGCUCCGCAGAUUGUAGAAGAUGAUCUGACAUUGCCACCGUCUAGAUACUCAUCAAUCCAGAGCAACACUUCUGAAACAGUGAAUUCUGUAAAAGAAGAGCAGGACGCAGAUGCUUCAAGACCUCGUAUUUCAAACCGCCUUCUGUUAGCAUCACAGACUAGCACACCUCGGCUGACACCUCCUGGUUCUCCUCCCAUUUCUUCUGCAUCAGUUUCUCCUACGAGAACAUCUAAACCUGCUUCCCCAAAGCGUCAUUCGAUGUCAUUCUCUGUCUCAAGGGGGAUGUUUGAUAGGAACUCGAUGUACUCGCCUGUUCUCUCCGGCAAUCACAGUUCAGUUUCAAGCCCUCAUGCAGGAACUCAUACUGGACGAACUCGGGUUGAUGGGAAAGAAUUCUUCCGCCAAGUGAGGAGCCGGUUGUCGUAUGAGCAGUUCAGUGCAUUCUUAACCAAUGUUAAAGAGUUGAAUGCCCACAAGCAAACAAAAGAGGAGACCCUUCGGAAGGCCGAUGAGAUAUUUGGCCCGGAUAACAAGGACCUAUUUACCAUAUUUGAAGGGUUGAUUACUCGUAAUGUACACUGAAAAUGCUUUGGAUAUAUUGUAUGUAGCGUUCAUUAGCAUUGGUGUUCGCACCAGUUAACUUCUGUUUCAGGUCUGUAUAUCUACUACUUAUAUUCAUUUCGAGUUCAAUGAAAUAAAAAUUUUUAACUACUA